AUGGGAGGUGGGUUUAGAGUGCUUCAUCUGGUUCGGCCCUUUCUUUUGUUCCUGCCCGAGGUUCAGAGUGCGGACAGUAAAGUUCCAUUCAGAGAGAAGGUCAUAUACACUGUGAUAUCCCUAUUCAUUUUCCUGGGGGACUGUGAUGGAGCUUGGGAUCACCCCAAUCGUGAUUUCUGGACUGGUUAUGCAACUGUGGCCGGUUCAAAGAUCAUUGAGGUUGAUACCAAUGUGCGAGAGGAUCGUGCACUCCUGAAUGGUGCACAGAAGUUGUUGGGCAUCUUGAUAACGGUCGGUAGGGUUUUGUUCUACUGGAUAGUUAUUUUCGUUUUCUGGUGUGAUGUGUUCUACUUUUAUGAUUGUUCAAUUUCAUGUUCUGGCAAACCGAUUGUUGUCGAAGAUUUUGGAUCUAAGGAUAACAUGGCUGAUGAUGAAAAUCAGAAUGUGAUGAAGGAGGAAGGUACUUUUAAUUUUGGGGCUUAUGUGAGGUGA